CUGGAGCUGACGCAUCGCGCCACAAACCCACUGCGAAUCUUAAACCUAUCCCGCCCUCCUCUUCCUUCGUCUUCACUCGCUUCCUUCCUUCCUCCCUCCCUCGCUCGAUCGACGCCGAGAACCCUACUCCAGCGCUUCUAACCCCAAUUCCGCUGCCAGAUACUUCGGUCUCUCUCUCUUUCUCUCUCUCUCUCUCUCUGUUGAGCAGUGGGAGGUGAUUUGGACGAGGCAACCUAAGUUGAGUAAUUGUUUGCGUUGGGGCGGGAGGGGAAUAUUUUGGUCUUUGAGACUUGACCAAGAUCUUCCAUAGUUUGAUUUCUCUUUUUCCUCUCUUUUGUAGGGUUCAGAAAUAACAUGUCAUCCAACAGAAGCUCACUGCUCGCAAAAGAGGCCAAAACUUCUUAUAUAUGGAUCCAAAUAAAGAAUGGGCUGAUUCAACAAGUUGAAGAAGAAUUAUCGGCAGUGUGCCCAAUUAUUCAUCGAGAGAUGUCUGGGACAGGCAAGGGUUCCUCUAAGAAUAAUCCCAUCCAUUUGCCAGAAGAAGUCAGUCCAGCUAUGCUGAGUUUGAUACUCCAAUAUUGGAAAUUUCACCUAAUUCCAGGACAUUCAGAUAAGGAGCGGAGAUCCUUUGAUGAGAAAUUUGUAAAGACUAAUACUGAUGACUUGUUGGAGUUGGCCUUAGCAGCCCAUGCCCUUCAGCUGAGGCCUUUGGUGGAUCUUACUAGCGGAGCAUUAGCUCGUAGGAUUGGAGGAUGUAGUAAUGAUGAGAUUCGUAAGAUUUUCCAUGUUCCUGAUGAUCUGACUGAGGAGGAGAAACUAAAGCAUUUGAAAAAUCCAACCAAUGAUCCUUUCAUCCGGUUGUUGAAUCAAAGUCUUGCUAGAAAAAGGAAAAAAUGGAAAGAGCAAAAUGAAUUAAAGAAUAUUGAUCUCUUAAAUAAACAAGAGGAUACACGUCCAAUUGAGGAUCUUUUGGAAUUUAUUAAUGGGAAAGACAAAGGAACAUGUAAAUCUAAAAAGGAGAAUAGGAGAAGAAAGAGUCAAGCACAGAACUCUUCGGUAAAUGAUUUAGAUAUGACAGACAGACAGGAUUCAACUACGAUCCCAAGUAAUGAUGACUCAUACUCAGAAGGUUAUUCGGAUCAAGAAAAGAUGAGAGAAAAUGAUAGGAUAGUUGCAGAUUUUGCUAGGAAGCUAAAUGUAGUCGACUACUACUAGAAACUCAGUGUAGUUUCUGCCAUGUGGAUAUACAGAGGAAUUGUGUCCAAACAUGCUACAAAGAGAUUCAGAUUUCAGGCAACAAAUUUUGGAAAUAAAAAAAUCAAAGAGUUUAGCCCACUCGUCUUUUCCUACAUUAUUUGCAUUGUAUUUAAUCUUGAGAGGUGAGUGCAGGUUAUUGCACAAUCACUACCAACAAUGUAUCUCACAUGAGAAUCAGAUUAGUUACAUCAGUACUGAUAUAAUUUAUUGAGUAGAUUAAGUUAUAGUUUGUAAAUUUUUUCUGGACACGCUAUGAUAUCUGUGCUUUACCCUAAGCAAUGCAUUAAUAUUCCAUUCCUU